AAGCGCAGCUCUUCUGCUGGCUGGAGUUCAUGUCAAAGGUUAAUGAGUUGCUCCUGCGAGAUGGCCCCGGUGAACUCAUCUGUCACGGCAAACGCUCAGGGAAAUGAUCUGGUUAAUGAAAUGAGGAUAGGGACAGGAUGUGGCAAGUGAUCAGCAUCCAACAGUUGGCUGGGGCCCACUCUAAAAAUGGACCAGGCUUUGUUAACAUUUCAUAACCAGCUGACGGAAGAAAUGCAGGUGUUCUACACGUCAGAUUCCUGCUACAAGUGUGUGUACCAGCAUUUGGUUACUGUGAAGCCCAACAACAACAAUGCAUCUGCGGUGAUCAGCACUAAAUUCCCUUUGACUCUGCAAGUGGAAUGGACCAGGAAUGUAACUCUGUGCAGUUGGAGUCAGACAUAUGGAGAAGGUGGUCAUUACUCUGUUUGGAUCCAGAUGUCUGAGGCUGCCAGUAACCCCAGCUGCACCACCGCUGUGGAUAAAAGACCAAACAAUGUACACCUGCCUCUUCUGGUGGGAGCUCUGUCUCUGGCCGUGGUCGCUCUCUUAUUCGUUGUGGCACCCUACAUCUACAGGAGACGUUGUACGUCAAAAUGUAUUAGGACCAUUUGCUGCCAAGGCCCAGAGUACUCAGUAGAUAAUGACGGAGCACAGGCUUGUGAAGUUGAACACAACACCGCUAAAGCUAAACCAACACGUCUGCGCUCACUGGAUACUUUCCGAGGGUUUGCACUGACAGUGAUGGUGUUUGUGAACUAUGGUGGAGGAGGCUACUGGUUCUUUCAACAUGCACCAUGGAAUGGCCUAACUGUGGGAGAUCUUGUUAUGCCAUGGUUUGUGUUUAUCAUUGGGACUUCAGUGGUGUUGGCUUUCAGAUCCAUGCAGAGGAGAGGAGUCAGCCGCCAGCAGCUGCUGCGCAAAAUCACCUGGAGAACAGUCGUCCUCCUGAUGCUCGGCUUCUGCUUUAUCAACUACUCUCCAAGAGACGGACCAUUGUCCUGGUCCUGGCUGAGGAUCCCUGGAGUGCUGCAGCGUCUGGGCUUCACCUACUUUGUUCUGUCUCUCCUGCAGACUUUCUGGGGCCUGAAAGAAAUCCCACUGAGAGCGAAUCACUGGUGGAACCCCGUCCAGGAUGUGGUCCUUUAUUGGCCACAGUGGCUGAUUAUCAUCCUGCUGGAGACUCUGUGGCUUUGCAUCACUUUGCUCAUGCCUGUACCCAACUGCCCCACAGGGUAUUUGGGAGCUGGUGGAAUCGGUGAUAAUGGUCUCUACCCAAACUGCACUGGAGGCGCAGCGGGAUACAUUGAUAGAUGGAUGUUUGGGGAUAACAUGUUCAGAUACCCCACAUGCAAAGAAAUAUAUCACACCACACAGCCUUUUGACCCAGAGGGGGUUCUAGGUACAAUCAACUCCAUUGCCAUGGGAUUCCUGGGGAUGCAGGCGGGGAAAAUUAUCAUUUUCUACAGGGGGGCGAACGUCCGCAUCCUCUGUCGAUUCCUCGUGUGGGCCGUCAUUCUGGGAAUCUCUGCAGCCAUCCUUUCUAAGUGCACACGAGACGGAGGAUUUAUACCUGUCAAUAAAAACCUUUGGUCGUUGUCCUACGUGAUGUGUACGGGCUGUUUCUCCUUCCUGCUGCUGGGAGGCAUGUACUUUGUUACUGAUAUCAAGGGCUGGUGGGGUGGACAGCCAUUCAUAUACCCAGGGAUGAACUCCAUCUUUGUAUAUGUUGGCCACUCUCUCCUGGGUUUCUACUUCCCGUUCAGCUGGGAGAUGCGCUUCCAGGAGAGCCACUGGGAGUGGCUCUUCCAAAGCCUGUGGGCAACUGCACUCUGGGUGCUCAUCGCUUACCUGCUGUACAGGAAGAAAUUCUUUCUCAAAAUAUAAACCAAGAUGACCAUAUGUGCCUUUUUCAUUCUGUAGAUGUCAUUAUCUUAGCUUUCAAUUUAAAACAAACCCUUAGGUAUGUAGAUUAUUAUAACAUCUGUGGGGAAAAACUGGCCUACUGUUCUUGGCUUAAUCUGUUGGUUUACUUUUCAGUGAUCUAAAAUCUAUCCAUGUACAUUUGAAUGAAUUGUAAUGAUGCUAAGAUCUAAGCACAGCAAAAAAAAAGUAUAAAAAUGUUCAUCUCUGAAACCCCUGGAAAUGACCACCUAGUUUCUGAAGAAGCUGUCUGGUCCACUGUCAGUGUGGGGCAGCUGAGGAUUUAUUUGAUGCCACUUGUUUUGCGCACUGAAUAGACUGAUUAAAUCAAAUAUACUGAGGUGGUACUUAACAAAUUAGGCCGAGUGAUUCCACUACACACCAGGCCAGCCAUUAUGAGUCUGUUGCCAUGGCCACUUGUGCGUGCGUGCGUGCGUGCGUGCAUGUGUGUGUGUGUGCGUGUGCGUGUGCGUGUGUGUACCAUCUGCUGUCCUAGUGACAGUACUUUAAUUGGGGUCAAGAUGCACAGCUCACAAAGGAGUGUCAUUAAUGGGACCGACACCUCUUGCACUCAUUGUAUUAGAACAUCAGGGAAAUUACACUAAUCCAAUUCAUCAAAGAACAACAACGAACCACCUCAAAUAGGCUGAGCCAGUUACAUGUUUUACAUAUUUAACACAUAAGCUACUCACUUACUGAAACAGGGUUUAUUUUACAUUUGGAUUAUAAUAUUUCCAUAUGGUUGACAAUAGGGUUGAGUGAUUUACUGCUAUUUGUUGUGUACAUGACGACAUUGAACAGUGUGGCCUUAGCAUCAGGUCAGAUGGUGUGUGUACAUCAUGAAAGGACCAUCUAGUUAAUGAAAUGAAACUGCACCAUGCUCUUCCUCCAGAGUAAAAUCAGAUUACACACUGCUCAGAAGCUGUAAUAAAAUAAUAUGUAGUGGUUUUGGUAACUGUCUUAA